UCGGUAUUGCAACAAUUCUCCAAUGCGCUCGCAAUGUCUCUGAACCGAUGGGAAACAAUAUAUCGAUCCCGCGACGGGAGUGCAUGCGCCGUGAAGGAUAUUCUUCAACGUCCGCGUGUACGAGAAGCGAAAACAGACGGAGCUCUCUCUCGCUCGAGAGAAAGAAAUAUAUCGGCCAACGCAAACAGUUGAUUCUUGUAUUCUUUGUUUAAACGUGCGAUACUGUGUUCUGCUCCUCAAACGAAAAAUGAGUCCUGGCUUGGGACACGAUCCCUUGCCGUCGUAUAACAUGACGGCUAUCGGAAACACCGCGUUGUGCUUGUGGCAACAGCCGCAACACAUUUUGUUCCAGUUGGCGAAUUUUUGCUUCGCACUGUCGUACUCGGCACCGUCUUCCAGAAAAGGAAUUCUGUUCAUGCACUCGGUACUGAUCAUAGGCUUUAUGUUGUUAUCCGGAUGGGCUUGGCACGUGAUUUGCGCACCAGAUAUCUUCUCUUGGAACUUUAGCUUUUUGUUGCUCAACAUCUGCCAAUUAGUGUAUAUUAUUUAUCAAAUGAGACCCAUCAGAUUCGAUCCCGAAUUAGAAGAAGCUUAUCACACGCUCUUUUACCCCUUCAAGGUCUCACGACUGCAGUUUAAACGAUUGGUAUCGCCAGAGUUCGCGACGAUAAUGUCUCUGCACGCUGGCGAAGCGUACGCGAUGCAGAAUCUAACGAGAACGGACAGAUUGGGUUUGCUGCUCACUGGCAAAGUCAACGUUCUGAGCGACACGAAUUUCUUGCAUCCGAUAUUGCCUUGUGAAUUUCUAGAUUCGCCGGAAUUUGAGAGUUCUCGGCCAUCCGUUGACGACAAAUUCAAGGUAUCAAUAAUCGCAGCUAGUUCCUGCAGGUAUCUGUACUGGCAGAGAUCAGCCUUGGAAUAUUUGCUCGUGAAGGAAACGUAUCUCGCAACCGUCUUGACCACGCUGGUAGCGAGAGAUAUCGCGACAAAAUUGUAUGCGAUGAAUAACAAGAUAGUUACGGAUAAAGGAUCACACUUGGACAUUCGACUUCCCACUAUCAGUGCCGGGUUGGGACUCACCGGCGAGUACAAAAGUCCUCGAGCCUGCAGACAGGCGUUGAUUCGCAGGAAGGAAACCAAACCGACGUCCAACAACGAUUGGUUGGCGGCACGUGAUUCUAUUUCAGUUACUAACGCGACAUACAAAGAACAAGUGGCGAACAACCUGACGAAGAUGGGAGCGCCGAAUAUGGAGCCACUCCCGGAAUUGCCGUCGUGCGACGAUCUGGCAUCCAGCGGCGUGGAGAGCUGGAUGGACUCCUCCAGCAAGUACCACAGUUGCGAGAUCGUCGACGACGAAUAGCAUUACGCCUCAUUCUCGAAUUACGAGAAUUUGUUUGACGUCGAUGAUGCCGAUCACGACAUGCAAGCCUUCGAUUACAAGAACGCGGAUUACUGGCGGUCGUGCGAGGACUAACGGCGGUGAAAAAGACGAAGAAUACGCCUUUUUUCCAGUACAGUGCAUAUAUAUUUAUACUUUCGGAUAUUAAAAUUUGAUAUUUUCAGCAACACGUUUUAACCAUGGGUUACUUCGUGAUUGAACAUGUUUUUAAACGUUCCCUUGUUUCAGAAAGUUAUCUGUCAAACGAAGCGCAAGUCGCGCACGUCACUGAUCGCAAUAUUGUACAAUAUAUACAUUGUUAUUUAUUGCUAUCUACCAACGAAAUUUGCAACGAAAGCACUUUACGCGAAGUGUUGUGCACAUAAUGUACAUUUGAAAAUGUUCUUAUACAUAGUUGUAAAUAACAAAUUUGACGAGUUUUGGAUUACCACGAAUGUUCUGAGAAAAGCAAACACAAGAUGACGAUUUUCUCAGAAGCGAUAAAUAUAUUAAAUAAAUCUAAGAUUUACAUACAAAUUAAUGUACACAAAAUCGCGCCUAUAUAUAACGUAUAUCUCUGUAAAUAGGAAGAUUGAGCAAGAGUUUUAGCUUAAAUCUUAGGAUUUCUUACUUAAAAAAACAAAACAAAAAAAGAUACAAAUUUUUACAUACACGAGACGCAACAUAUAAAAACGCCCACAUUUAAUCGAAUUUCAAAACUAUUCUCAUUUGUAAAUACAAAUAAAUAAAACUGCAGUACAAUAUUUAA